CACCAUAGAUGCGCGCUGGAGCUGGAAGAGGGCACUUACAAACCUCCAGUAAUGCAAAGUCAAAGCAAGUUCAUACACCCGAAAACAGCCGCACCUGAGAAAAAGGUAAUUCAAUCUUCUGCAUUUCCACACACAUCUUUUACUUCACUUGUGAGGAAUUUCUCUGGGAUUUUGUCUAGUUUUUUCUUUAUCAGCUCAAAUUGGUGACAUUUUAAAGUUGAGAAGUGGAGAUGAAUUCUACCGGAUUCAACCAAACGGACAGUGGGCUGUUCAACAAGACAGAGGAGAUAUUUUGCUGUAACUUUUCUUCGGUGGUGACUGAUAACGGCUUUGUGGCGACAGCGCCGGAUGAAAGAAGUCUAUUUAUCAUGAGAGUGGUCCAAAUAGCGGUGAUGUGCGUGUUAUCUCUCACAGUGGUGUUUGGCAUCUUCUUUCUGGGCUGCAACCUUCUCAUCAAAUCAGAAGGAAUGAUCAACUUCUUGGUGACGGACAGAAGACCAUCUAAAGAAGUGGAGGCAGUUAUUGUAGGGGCAUAUUGAGUGAGACUGCUUUUGCAAAGUUGCUAUAAAAACUGUCCGCCUGAGCGAACACGCCCGACGAGGAGUUCAGCAAGAGAAGAGAGGGAAGAAAAUGGUCAAUCACAUUCGAACGUUCAUCUGUUUUCUGGUGUAAAGAUUGUCACUUAUUGAAAACAGGAAAAAUGUGGAAUUUGGAUCAGUCAGGUGGCUGAAUUACAUGUUUUUCAUGAUAAUAUUUUUCAGAGGCUGAAGUUUUAGAAAAAGCCUCAUUUUUAACGACAUUCACAUCUUCAUGAAUUGUGUUAUUUAAGCUCUUAUUCUUUGAAAACGUUACGCAUUCACACACCCCUGUACGCUGUGUAGAGUUCAUGUAGCAGAUAUUGUCACGCAGUAGCUUAUUGCCACAAUAGUGGCUGAUGCCCUUUUUUACUGCACAAUGCAGCCGUGUUGAAUAUUGUGGGGCAGAUGAUUGUUGAAAUUGCACGUUGUAUGUGUUUUUGCAUACAAUAUGCAAUAGAAUUUAAACCUGUGAACCAACUGUUUCCUAAUGAAAAUUGUUCAUUUCAAUAGUGUGUAAUUGCAUGGGUGGUAGAGAUAAAG